GCCAAUAUAAUGGUUACAGGUUGUUUACAUGAUUACAAUAGAAGGAAAGCCAUAUUUUAUCCAUCUCAAAAAGCAAUCAAUUUUAUCUUCAGCUUCUUUUAUUCAUUCUUAUGACAAAAAUGACUUCCGUCAUUCCAAACCUCUGCUAGUUCAGAUGGAUUGCAAUUAUAAUGGAUAUGUUGCGGGUAUUCCAAAUUCUCUUGUGACCCUCAGCAUAUGUUCAGGACUCAGGGGAACAAUGCAGCUGAAAAACAUCUCAUAUGUAAUUGAACCAAUGGAGGCUGUAUCAGGAUUUAUACACAAGAUUUAUGAAGAAAAAUUUGCUGACACUAAUAUUCUUUUAGAAGAAAAUGACACUUAUCCUUGGUUUAAUUCAGAGUAUCAAGUCAGAAAAAGUUCAGAAAAAACUGACUUUAUUCAGUUAUUCCCUCGAUAUAUUGAAAUGCAUAUUGUUGUGGACAAAAAUCUGUUUGAUUACAUGGGCUCUGAUAUAAACGCUGUAACACAGAAGGUUAUUCAGAUAAUUGGCCUUGUUAACACUAUGCUUACCCAGUUACAACUGACCGUUAUUAUAUCUUCAAUUGAAAUCUGGUCAAAUAAAAACAAAAUUUCUACUACAGGGCAUGCUGAAGAUGUAUUGUUACAAUUUUUUGAAUGGAAAAAGGACCAUCUUAACUUCAAACCACAUCAAAUUGCAUACUUAUUUGUCUACAGGAAACUUCCCACCUUAAUAGGAGCCACAUUUCCUGGGCAAAUAUGUAAUAAGGAUUUUGCUGCUGCAGUUGCUCUGUACACAGAGGGUUUAUCCUUGGAGUCAUAUACUGUCAUUAUUGUUCAAUUGCUUGGCCUUAGUCUGGGAUUAACUUAUGACAAAACUGACAGCUGCCAUUGUUCAGGAGAUGUUUGCACAAUGACACCAAAAGCAGUGUACUCUGGUGGUGUGAAGGAUUUUAGCAUCUGUAGCUUGGAUGACUUUAAAUAUAUUUCUUCUCAUAAUGGCCUUACAUGUCUUCAGACAAACCUUCCUGAAAUGCCAACCUACACACAAAGGAGAAUAUGUGGCAAUGGACUGUUGGAAAGAGGUGAAGAAUGUGAUUGUGGCAAUAACAACAAUUGUACACAUAAAUUAUGUUGUGAUCCUUUAACAUGUAGACUGAAAGGUAAUGCGCUGUGUGGUUCCGGAGUUUGCUGUUCAGAAGAUUGCAAGUUCAAACCAGCUAAUACGAUUUGCAGGAAAUCAGUUGAUAAAGAAUGUGAUUUCACUGAAUUUUGCAAUGGAAGCUAUGCAUACUGUUUGCUUGACACUUAUGUACGUGAUGGAGAAUAUUGUGAUUCAGGCGGAGCCUUCUGUUUUCAAGGAAGGUGUCGAACUUUUGACAAACAAUGUGAUGAUUUAAUCGGAAGAGGUUCAAGGGGUGCUCCAAUUUUCUGUUAUGAUGAAAUUAAUACCAGAGGAGACAAGUUUGGAAACUGUGGCACUGGAUAUUGUUGGUUUCAACAUAUUCUAUGUGGAAAAUUAGUCUGUACAUGGGAACACAGAGACUUAAUAUCACGUCCAAAUUUAUCUGUGAUUUAUGCACAUGUACGAGACCAAAUAUGUGUGUCUACAUAUCUACCCAGGAGGAAGCCACCUCCAGAACAGGCAUCUGUUUCAAGCACAUCAUAUUAUUCAGUUGAUGACAGAGAUGAAACAUUUGUACAGGAUGGUUCUGUGUGUGGUCCUGAUAUGUAUUGUUUCGAAAUGCAUUGUAAGCAUGUUAGAUUCCUGAUGAAUUUUGAAAUGUGCGAGGCUUCUAAUCAUUGCAAUGGUCAUGGAGUUUGCAACAAUUUUAACCAUUGCCAUUGUGAAAAGGGGUAUAAUCCUCCUUACUGCCAACCAAAGAAAGAAGCAUUUGGAAGUAUUGAUGAUGGACACUUAGUACCAGCUGAGAAAAGUUACAUGGAGGAGGGAAGACAUGCCCCUUUUCAAAAACAACGGUUUCAACUCAUUUUCUACAUUUCGCUACCUGUGCUUAUUAUUACUACCGCCAUUUUAAUAAAACGGAAAAAAUUGAGAGAGCUAUGCUAUAGAGGGGAAACUGAAAGUGAGAGCUCUGUGUCAGAAGAAAGCAGCAGUAACAACAAGUCAUCCCUCAGUGAAAGAAAGAAGUGGAAGGGAGAAGAAAUCUUUGAAGAUGGAGUAGAAAUUUCUUGGAAAAAAGUGACUUGCUUUUAUAUCUGAAGAGAGAG